UCGACACGAGAACUCGGACGAUAAUUCGAAAAACAUCUUUGGGUAAAUAAAUUACAUAAUAUUUUUUACACAAAAGAACGAUUAUUGAAAAGUUAUUGAAAAACGACGAAAUAUAUAAUAGUAAUUCGCAAAGUUUUAAUCAUUGAUCAGUAUUUAGUGAGACUUAGCUCUUCUUUAAGAAGAUUGGACGCUGUUGACAUAAAUUUGCGAAACUUUCACUGCGGUAUUGUGGAAUUAUUCUGUUUCUUCAUAGCGCAUGGCGCCAACAUAUCCGCCAUAGUUGUUUAUAGCGUUAUCUAUAGUCAACAGCUAAUGACAACGACACGUGCUUAGUAAACAUGUACCAAGUUUUUUUUCCUUAUCGAUUUAGAACGUCGGCAGGAUAAGUGAUAACAUUCUCGGAAAAUUCCUUUCUGGUAUUGAUUAAUUAAGAAUGGCACCGCGCGCCGUUCGUGUGAGAGCAGACUGUUGUUUCGUUCGUUUACGCUGUAGGGUCCAAGUUCAGUGCCCGGCUGUCGUACAAUCGAGAGGAAGCAACAGAAUUUUUUUCUGCAUUUCUUUUUUUUUUCUUAUCAUUGGCGCCAGCAGUAGCUCAAGUAUGCGCUCGUUAAUACCCGGACUUGUCGCGAAACAAAAGAUAAAACGAAAAGGUAUCGGCACGUGGUACGCGAACGCCAUAUAUUAUUUUAAAAAUAUUCAUUAACGGCUCCUCUAACUCUCUGCGGGAAUUAAUUAAACGCCGCGAUUGUAAUGUGCGAAAAACUGAUACAAGCUACGUAAUAUCAUCGCCCAUAAUUGAACAUCCCAUUUCGUAAUUAAACGCAAUUAUAGCCCCGAUCUUUCUUAUCUUUAAUUUAUAAUUAGGAUUGGAAUCAUUAUUAUGGCGAGUAUUCUCGAUCAAAUCGUUGCUUUUUUUCAGUAAACUGGUAGUAUUAAUAGAAACCGAGGCCUGGCUACCACUCGGAUAGAUUUGCUCGUAAUGCAGCCGUCAAUGAUCUUUUUAUAACGGAAAAAAUUGUGUCAGGUCACAGAGGAGCGUAUAUUCUAAGAAAUGAUGUAAAAUAUAGUUUACAUUUUUAAACAUUUGCGGCUCGAUCAGCGAUCCAUAUGGAAAGUCAUUAACUCUGCGCUAAACCGAAGUAUGUGUAUAUGUGUGUGUAUGCACGCGUUAUAAAAAUACUGAUUAGAAAAGACGACAGCGUUUCACAUUUCCGCCAAAACAGCUCUCGUGAGUAAACAGGAAGAGUGUCGAAACUAAUUAUAUUAAUUUGAUAGAUAAAAAUUAAAAGGCCAAUGUCAGAAAAAUUAAAUAUAUCAAACUGAUGAUUUAACGUGUACACGUGUCGACAAUAAACACAAAGGCUCGGAUCUCUCGCGAAAAAUUCUCAAAUGACUAUUAUAUGAGCUGUGAAAAUAUCGUUUUCUUGGAAUGACUGUAAAAUGUCGCUGUUAAUUGCGCGUGUCUCGGAUAUUUAUCUAAUAUUAGAUACGUUUCACCAUUCGAAGGAUUAGAACUGUAAUUAGAUUUUCCCGUGCCUCCCACUUCUGCUCUCCACAUCUUCCUCGCGCGAAAGACGCAGCCUUUAUUGCACGGAGGGUGACACAACCCGGAUUCGACGGAUUAGAGCCAAGAUGCAGCUCGUCACGGCGCGACGUGGAUGAGACAUAAAACAUUUUUCAUUGCCUGAGACAGAACCUCCGUCGCUAUAAACCGCGCCAUAAAGCAAACUUUACAUCUCGUCAAAGCAGACCUAUAAAGCAAGUAUGGCUUUUCAGAAGGCGCGGGCAACAGAUCCUGUCGCGUCUCCGGGUGGAGUAUCGAAAAAGCGGACGCAUCUGGCUCGAGGGCCAGAGGUCGCGUUCAUUAAUGCCCCGCGAUGGGAGAGGGAGGAGAAGAGAAGGUACGUCGCGGUAUUUUGACUCUCGUCAUUAGCUCGUAUCGUACAGUGCAUCAGUAUAUCAGCUGCUUGUGCCAAAUUUAGCGAGCAGCCAUCGACUUCUUUAUCAGCCUCGUCGCUUGUUCGUCUUCCAUGGAGCACCGCCUACCACCGAUCUCCGUGUCCGCGGGUAAUUGUGUUACUCGCAUUUAGUCCAAGGUAUAGUUCAAUGAAGAUCUUUAGAACACCUUUCAUUCCCGACUCCCAUGGAAAUACCCUCUCCUCAUCUUCCGUUAUAAGUGCUUUAUCGCAAUGAAAAAGACUAUAAGUUCUCGGCAGUUGCAACUUCUUUUGUCGCCGCGAAUACGAUCUGCGAAUCUUUUUGAUAACUUCGUCGAGGCAUACGUGCCCUCGUAGCCGGGGACACACUCUCGCGUGCUUCACGCGAAUUCACGCGUCGGGAGCUUGGUAUCCGUCCGUCGAUCUUCGUGCACAGGCCGCAUACCCGCGGCGAUGUCCGUUACGACAUGGGAGAAAAAGAAAAGCGAAAAUUAACGACCUUUCCACCCUUCGUUCUCUUUUCCUUUUUUUCACUCUAAGGAUUCGAUAUUAUCUUAUCCGCGUAUGUAACACGUCUCGAUCUUCUUCGGGACACCUCCCUAACCUUUUUUUCCCCGUAUAUCUUUUGGGCGACGCGACGGCGGUUUGACUCGCGUUAGGCUUUUUGGAAUGAAUGGAUUUGGGGAUAAUUUUUUACCGAUAACCCCGAUAAGAACUCAACCCAGCCGAUAACCCUUGUAAAACUCACAGGAGAUCAACGUGCGGGCGGCACGCUUUUCUCCUAUUUACGUCGGCGCGGCGGCCUGAUCAAGUCUAUAUUUAGACUAUUCUUGAACCGGAUACUACCAGGCAUAAAUUAUGAGCAAUUGUCGAAGUAAUUCCGAGAGGGCGAACAUGUUGGAUCUUUCAGAUAGAGCACAAUGUAAAGUCAGUACGGUGUUUAACACAAAAUCAUAGGCGAGAUUUUUUAACUUCACAGGUGAAUGACAAUAAAAGUAAAAAUAAAAAUGUGCAUGUCAGGAAAAUUAAAUGACAACCUGAUGAUCCAACAACGUCCGCCUACGAGUUGAUAAAGUGACAAGUAAUGGGAGGUCUUAAAAUAAUCGUGUUAAACUACAAACGUCGUUUUUUUUUCAGCUUAUUUUAAAAUAUUAUUUUUUCAACUACACCCUGCACGAUUUCUCAAUUAUUUCAAAUGAACAAUCCUUGAAAUAGCCCUGUCCAUAAUUUUAGGAACUAUAAUUGUAUCCGAAAAGAGAAGUCAUACAGUUCAAAAAAAAUUGAACCAAGCAAAUAAUUUCGGUUCCCCGGACAAUGCAAUCGACCGGUUUUAUCCUAAUAAUCCGGUUUUAUCCAAUUGCUUAAAUAGCUUUUUCUCGAUUUAUCGACCAAUAGAAAUGUAGUUCUAUUUUUGUAUGAACUCGACGAGAUAUCGAGGGAAACUUAUCACGGCGAGACCUAUUUUUAUUUCUGGGCGCAGAAUACAAUUUCCUGAUAAAAUUAUCCCAUUUUAAGUUCGUUGACGCUAUCCGCUAGCAGUCUUUCGAAAGUAUACGCGAAUAAAAUGUAAAAAAACUACUGAUGCAGAAUAAAUGAAAACGAGAGAAAGAGAGAGAGAGAAAAGAUUAUGCGCGCGCGCAUACAUGGAGUGGACAUUAAUAGAUUAUGUAUUUUGAUGUGAGAAAUUGACUUUUAUGCACAGCGUUUCUUAGAAAUCCUGACCUUAUUCUCACCUAUAUGAUAAUAAUCGAUGAAACUUAACGCGGCUUGAAAUUGCAAGGGUUAAGUAGCCUUAAAGAGAAAUAACGCGCAUAUUCCAUUAAUUAUAGCACGCUAUCGCUCGCCAAUGUGACUUACAGGAGAAUACGUCGUAUAUCGCGAGAUUUAUAAAAAAAAGUUGCCAGAAACGGGUGAAGUAAAAAAUUCAUAAUUAUGCGAAUUAUUCUGAAGCAUCCUGCAGUUCGAUAAAAAAAAAUAUACGUAAAAGAUAUAUAAAUUUCCUACGAGACUCUUGUAACGAUAAAAAUAUCGCCCCAAAAACAAAAGAUUUCCUACAAGCCUCUUGUCAUGUCAGCAAUAACUUAAACAACUCAGCGAUUCAUUAGGUCCUGCAUGCCAACCCCCUUCGUAGCCUUUUUCGUUUCCUUGACCAAGGGUAUCGAUGGACCACAGGUGCACAAUCUAAAUAUAGCCUCCUUAAUACAUCGUUCCUCAUUUAAAGCUAAAAAUAAAAAAUAAAAAACGAUGGCGCGUUCUGUGCCAACAGCCGUGGGCGCGUCGAGAUGUGCAACACCCAUCGGCGAUACCUGAUGGACAAGAUAGCGUUUUGUGCCGUCGAGACGCGAAUGACGCGAAUAUAGCUCCAAUCCGCUCCUCCGCGGACGGGAGAACGCGCGGGACGCGCGACUGAAAAGAAAGGGAGACAAGGAGACAAUAUCGUAUUUAAUGCAAUGCGGUGCUGAAUACGGUCGUAAACAAUUAGUCGCAAUAUAUGCGACGCUCACGGACGAGCCGAGUGUACGAGCAAGUGCAUCGAACUGCGAUGCGGCUCGCGACGCGAUGCAACGAAGGCGACGAGCCGGCGACCAGCCGGCCAGCCGGCGCCGUGUCUGCGGAAGAAGAAACGCGGCGUGAAAGCCGAGACGUAUAAUACAAAGUGAUAAAAGUCACGUCAAGGGGGGGGGAGGCCCCCGUUCAAGUUCUUAUGUAAAAUUAACAACAACAACAACAACAACCGCCGCCUCGUUGCGUCGUAGCGGGACGGCACGUGCGCGCCAAAUACGAUGCGUCAACAAUUACCUCCGCGAUCAGCUGGCUACGCGAUCCCGGAUAUUUAUUUUCUUGAAAUCGGAAGCGCCUGAGGGGACAGAGUUUUAUGACGUUGAUCGCCGGCAUCACGUUGAUUUUCUUUUUUUUUUUUUGCAACUUAUACGCGUAGACCCUACGCAAUAUGUUAUUCUAAUAAUAGUUAAUGACGCAGUUAGAGUGACGUCGCCCGAGUAUUGUUUAUUGCGCGCCCAGUGCCCACCCUUCAAGGAGCGCACGACAGAUUUGCUAUGAAUAAUGCAUCCAUUAAAUAUCACCGGAUCACACGAAGGGGUUCAUAAUCGAUGGGACACCGUGCGUAGAGAUCAGUGGCGAUAAAGACAUGGAUGGUGAUGGUCCGCCGUUAGUGCCCGUCAAGAAGAGUCCUCCGAUCAGCUGGGGCCUCGGCCACAGAGACUCUUUCAAGAUGGUCAAAGUAAUCUUACUGGGCCAACCAGGCGUUGGCAAAUCGGCUUUAGCCGUGCGUUUCGCCACGAAACGCUUCAUAGGCGAAUACGAUUGCACCACGGACAGAAUCUACCGAGUCGACAAUCAUCUUGGAUCCUCGUGGGAAAUAGCGGAUCCUCCCGGAUAUCCGCCCGCCUCGGCCGAGCCGAAAUUGCGAUGGGCCGACGCGAUAGUUCUCGUUUAUUCAGUAACGGAUCGAGUCAGCUUCGACGAAACUUCUCGUCUGAGGUUUUUGGUAUCGCACGCGAGAAAAGGCAGAAAGGUGCCACCGGUCGUGUUGCUUGUGGGAAACAAGGCCGAUCUCUCCUGCUCGCCAGGUGAGCGCAUGGUAUCUGCCCUGGAAGGCCAGAAAAGGGCAAAAGAAAUCGAGGCUCACGCUUUCCACGAAAUUUCCGUAAGGGAAUCAGUUGAUCAGGUCACGGCCGUAUUCAUGAACAUAUUAAGAUUGCUGACCGAAUUGCACAGCAGUCACCAGACGUCUUUCAGACUGAGAGCUUCAACAGAUGGAACUGUAAACACUCUUCGUCGACCGUCGCCUCCUCCAUUGAGAAGAAGAUUCAGCAUCUCGGCUCGCGGGAAUUUAUUGUAAUCGUUAGAGAUUAGUCUCGAGACUAAAUAAUUUUAUUCUACUAAACAUCGAGAAAGAGAGAGAGAGCGCGCGCGUAAUGUAUAAAAAGAUUAUAUUUUAAUUGUUUUAAUAAAUCUGUAUUUGUAAGAAAAACUAUUUGCGUGUACGAAUUCACGCGGCAAUAUUUCGAACUUUUAUCUUUUGUCUAUAAUACAGAGAUAAUGCCGGCAUUAUCUUGGGAUAUUAUUACAAAGGGGAUCAUGACAUAUAAUUGCAAAAUCGAAAAUUGUAUUGUAAGAAAGUAGAAU